GUACUUCGGGUCGAUGUUGUGUCGGGUCGUCGGAGGCAUCCAAGCCAUCGGAGUUUUUAUUGGCACAUUCUCAUUAUGUGCUAUAGCAAUAGACCGCUAUUUUCGACUGGUCGUUGCCCCAGGAAGCCCUCUCCGGAAAGUAAAUGCGAUCCGAAUUACGGUUCUUUUAUGGAUCAUCUCAAUAUUAGUGACGUUACCAUAUGUCUACCAUAUGAAAAUGAAGAAAUAUCCGGCAAUAAACGUCUGCGGAGAGUUUUGUACUGAGAAAUGGCCGAAUGUGCAUUCAAAGCGGAUAUACACUCUCUUUGUGCUAGCUAUCCAGUUUGUGAUUCCAUUCACGAUCAUGACCAUCUGCUACCAAGCGGUUCGUAGAAAUUUUUCGGUUGGAAUUGAUGGCACGACGCGCGUAGGAGUUGCCUGGGUCUGUCUGCGACCUACUAUAGUGUGUCGUGGCAGGACCAUGUCUGCCCUCUCCACUUUUCCUUCAGUAUUCUCAUUCCUCCGACGACGAGCACAAUCUCGUUUGACUUCCAUCGCACAGCAGGCAAAUUUGUUGUAUGUCGUAGCUGCCACAGCCGGUGGUGACACGCAGCAGCACAAAGAGCAGGUGAAUAUUCUUUUCUUCAAAUCUAAAGGGACCACGGUCAAAAUUCCGCUGCAGUUGACCCAUCUGAUCGAGCAGAAGAAGCGCGUCAUGCAGCAGCGACGACGUGUAACGCUGAUAUUGGUGUCGAUGGUGGUGAUCUUCGGCAUUACAUCGUUACCACACAAC